AUGGAACAAGUCAGGACUCCAGUGACACGCACGCGCGCCAAAAAGCAGAAAACGGAAGUCGACUCAAAAAAAGUCGCAUUAAAACUUCGUGUUGAAAAAAAUAAGACAAAAACAAAACCUUUGACAGAUGAACAUCACGAGAAUAAACCCCAAAACGUGAUUAUCAAAGACUUGCUGACACGGAUGAACGACGCACAAAUAUAUGGACUUUCGGAUUUUGUUAGCGAUGUGUGGACGGGUGAAUUGUCAAAUAUUAUUAACGAAUCAAAUGGAUUACUCUUACAGAGAUCUUUGUACCUUUUGCAGUGUUUGUACAACAAGCCGUUUGUGAACGUUGAUGAAGUGAAAGUCCUUGGGCAAACUGUUGGGAAGGAACAGUUUGAGAUCAUCACGAAUACAUUUUUAAUUGACCCAAAUAUGGUCACAAAGGUUCUCUCAAAUGCCAUCAAAGCCUUUUUCAUUGAGGACGAAAAACACAACAAAUACGUUUAUGUUGCUUCGAGUCCAGGAGCAAAUGGAAAAGUUGUCAGAGGGGUAGACGUGUUAUUUGCGAAGAAAGAAGGAAACUGGGCGAAAGUCGAACUUGGUGAUUACACAUAUGCAAUUAAAAUAAAAGAGACAACAGAAAUUGUCUUGUUUGACUUGCUUCGGAUAAACACAAAGAUGUAUCUGGAGUGCAAAUUACCCGAGCUCAACAUUGGGAAAUGGGUCAGAAAUUUCAUGUUUGUUAUUUAUUGGUGA